AUGGCGCCCGCUCGCGCGAGGCGGGACACAGCGUCCGAGGGCCUCGCGCAGAACGACGGCAAGAGUGUCCACCUCGGUUGCUUCAACACCGCCGAAGAGGCUGCCACCGCCUACGCUCGCUCAGAGAACGGCCGCGCCGACGCCGCCAAGCUGCUGCAGCCUCGCGCUGCUCCCACUGCCGCUGGCGCCGAGGCGGUACGGCAGGCGGAGAGGGAGGGCCUGACUCUCACCGCCAGCAGCAGCAACAGCACAGGCUACAAAGGCGUUGUUUACUACCCGAAGCAGCAAGGCAGCAAGCAGUACAAGCUGCAGGUGUGGGAUGGCGGCAAGAAACAACAGCAACAGCGCGGCUACAGGGGCGUUGUCUACUACCCGAAGGAGCGAGGCAGCAAGAAGUACAAGCUGAAGGUAACGAUUGUGGCGGCAAGCAGCGCUCACCCCGAGGCGCGCCUGCAGCCUCGCGACCCGAACGGCUGGGGCGCCACGCGCUGCUGCACGAGCCUCUUCCACUACCGCUGCCUGCACACUUGGCUCAACGAGGUCGAGACGAGCCGUGGGAUGGAGCCGAUCAACACGGCCUGCCCUGGCUGCCGAGGCUCCGUGUCGAAGUCGGCGUCACGCAUGCUUAGUUAG